AAUAUAUCAAACUGAACUACUGUUAACCAAAAGUUGGAAUAUCAACAUUUGUAUUAUUCCACAGUAAAUUUGUUACAUUUUUCUUUAACAAUUUUAAAUAAAACAAAGUCACCGUGCAUCCAAACCAGCGCAUGAGUCAUGCCCUCGAAAUGGUGCUGGCGCCCAGAAAGCAUCCAUUCGUUGGCAUGAAAAUCGACGACAAUUCAAUCCUAGACACCAUCGACGGCCGCUAUCCCUGUCCCCAAUGCUAUCGUUCCCGCAAAUUCUUCUGCUACACCUGUUACGUCCCCGUGGGAGAACUUGGCACAGUCCUGCCCAAAGUCACGCUUCCUGUUAAAAUAGAUAUCAUAAAACAUAAGAAAGAAAUAGAUGGCAAGAGCACUGCUAUCCACGCUGCGGUUCUGGCCUCGGAUAGCUGCCGGAUCUUCACAUACCCCGAUAUACCUGAUUACUCGAAGGAGGAAGGUGUUGUACUUAUAUUCCCUGGAGCCGAAAGUGUGACGGUUGGUCAGCUGUUCGACAAGAAUGUAAGGUUAAAGACCGACGACAACUUUGGACUUCCCUACGGGUGGAAUAUGGGCACUCUUCUGAGGAAGAGGGUGCCCGAGGUUCUAACAGAUGCCGAAAGCGGCAGCAAGGAGGAAGAUCAUCAGUAUACUUUCGACAAUCUCCCAGUGAAGAGAGCAGUUCUCAUCGACAGCACCUGGAAUCAAAGUCGAAGCAUUUACAAGGACAAACGGGUGUGUAGUUUGAAGCCGGUGGUGUUGCAAAAUCGUUGCUCGCAGUUUUGGCGUCAUCAAAAAGGCAGCCCACGGUGGUACCUCGCCACAAUUGAAGCAGCCCAUCAGUUUAUGCUUGAAGUCCACAUGAAUGCCUGGGGUUUGAACAAAAACUAUAGAGGAUUUGAGAAUCUGGAGAUCUGUGACGAUUGCUUCCAGAUCACGAGUGUGAUUGAUCAUGAUGUGGAGGAUAUGAGCCCCACGGGGCCCUACAACGGGCACUACGAUAACUUGUUGUAUUUCUUCUCGAACAUGUACGACUUAAUCCACAAGUACUAUGACCACAAUGAGCUGAAAUCCUACAAGAGACCGAUAUAGGAAAUCAUAAAGAAUAAUAAAAAGUUUUCGUUAUUUUCGUUUCUCAGA